CCAGUUUCAAGGUAAAGGAGAUGGCAUUUUAUCCCCUGCAAAUUGCUGGACUGGUUCUUGGUUUCCUGGGCAUGGUUGGGACUCUUGCCACCACUCUUCUGCCUCAAUGGAGAGUGUCAGCUUUUGUUGGGAGCAACAUUAUUGUCUUUGAAAGGAUAUGGGAAGGGCUCUGGAUGAACUGCAUUCGACAAGCCAGGGUCAGGCUGCAGUGUAAAUUCUAUAGAUCAAUGUUGGCACUCCCACCUGCUCUGGAAGCAGCCCGGGCACUCAUGUGUGUAGCAGUUGCUCUCUCCUUGAUUGCCCUACUUAUUGGUAUCUGUGGCAUGAAGCAGAUCCAGUGCACAGGGUCUAAUGAGAGGGCAAAGGCAUACCUUGUGGGCACAUCUGGAGUACUCUUCAUCCUGACAGCCAUCUUCGUUCUGAUUCCAGUGUGCUGGACAGCCAAUAUCAUUAUCCAGGAUUUCUACAACCCAGCUGUUCAUGUAGGUCAGAAACGAGAGCUGGGAGUGGCACUUUUCCUUGGCUGGGUGAGUGCAGCCAUACUCUUCAUUGCAGGGGGUAUCUUCUGCGGGUUCUGCUGUUGCAACAAAAAGAAACAAAGGUUCAGAUAUCCGGCCCCUGGAUACUCUGUGCCACAUCCAAAUAAGCCAAGAAACAUGACAAUGCUUAGUGAGACCUCCACCAGUUAUGUCUAAUACCAGCAUUCAG